AAGAUGGCAAGAAAACAUUUUGUCUUUAUCCACCAAAAGAAUAUUCAAAAAUGGUUGGACAAUGGUCGAAAAAAUCUAGAGAGCCAAAUUUAAAAUGGGAAAAGACUGAAGUAGAAAUUAUAAAAUUUGCUCAUGAUUUUGCUCAAGGCGAACGCCGAAUAUCACGGUACGAAAAAACUUUAUAUGUUCAGAGUAGCAGUGAAUAUGGUGAUUUGGGAGACUCGGAAAAUGAUGAAUGUGAAGAAAUCUCCCAAAAACGCACUCAACAUGAUAGAGAAAAGAGUCCAAGAUCAAAUAACAAUAGAGAAAUAACAAUAAAUAUAAAAGAUUUAGAAAUUAUGCUUAAGGAACAAAAUGUGCGCAGAAGGCAAGAGGAAAUAAAAGCUAAAAUGGUAGUGCGAUCACACACAUUGACAGGACAAAGCGAAAUCGACUUACAAAAGGAAUUAGGUCUUGAUAAACCUUUUGAAACGUUGGAAAAAUUUGUAGUCUUUGAUAAUCGACUAAAAGAUGAUGAUUUCAAUUUAGUGAUGGUAUUUUUCAUAACAUUAGGGUAA